AUAAGUUAAAACCACCUUUACCAUCUACCAAUCUCCGCCGUCUAAACUCCAUGGCCUCCCGCCACCACCACCACCCCUACUCACGUCACCACCACAAUCAUCAAACCCCUCUCAUCCCCACUUCUCCACACUGCUGCACAUUCAAAGACUCUCCUCCCUGCUGCAUCCCUCCUCCACCACAACCAGAUAAUCUCCUCCACCUCCUCGCUUCCUACCUCCAAACCCACCAACAAGCUCCAAACUUUCCUCUUCCCAACCAAACCUGCUCCUGCAACAACAAAAACAUCCCACAAGAACAAGACCAAGUCAUCGUCCUCUCUUGUCUCCUCCGCAAAAUCGAUAACCUCGAGUCAUCUCUCAACAAGUUCGCAUCUUUCCACGACCACAAGCGUCGCGACCGUCACUUCUCCACGGUUAGAGACUCUGCGGCGAGAGUUAUCCAAACCCAUUUCCGAUCUUUCCUUGUCCGAAGAUCCAUCUCCUUCAGACAUCUCAAGGAGCUUGCGAUGGUCAAAUCUAGCUUCUUGUCUCUCAAGUCUUCGGUUUCAGGGAAACCCAUUUUCAGUUUUAAAGUUGUUUCUCGGAAAGCUACUGACUUGCUCCUUCAAUUGGAUUCUAUUCAGGGUAGGGUUGAUCCAAUGAUAAGGAGUAGUAAGAGGUCUUUGAGCAGAGAUUUGGUGAGGUUUUUGCAGUAUGUUGAUGAUUGUGUUGUUACAAGGUAUGAGUUUGUUAGUAGAUCUUCUGCAGUGAAUGUGGGUAGCUACAGUAAAAAGCCUCAGGGUUUUGAAGAGAGAAGAGUGGUGAAGUUGAGAAACGGAAUGGGGAGAGUCUUUGUUGCUUGUGAUGAUGGGGAUGAAGAGUUGGACUCUGCUGCUACUGAUGAUAGUGAAGAAGUCUUUGUUGGUAAGAGAAGGACUGGUAGCUCUAAGUUUACAACUACUGGGGCCAAUGUAGUGAAGCCUCAGGUUAGGAAGACCAUGGUGUUUGACAAGAACAGGAAUGUGUAUAAGCAUGAUGUAACGUCGAGUGCUGAGGAUGAUUCAGUUGAUAGUGGAGAGGAAGAAAGGGUGGUGGUAUGUAGGGAUGAUGAAAGGAAGAAGCGUGGUUUGAAAGCUAGGAAGAUGGUUUUGGUGAAAGGAAGUGGAGGGAAGAGCCGUGUGGUGAAAACUGUGAGGUUUGAUGAGAAUGGGAAUGUGUAUAAGGUUUAUGGGGAUACUCCAGAGGGAAGCAUUAGCGGUGAGGGAGAUGAUGACUCAACAAGCGGAUCAAACGAUGGAAAUGGGAAUGAAGUUGUGGAGAUCAAACAUGUCCCCAAAGAAAACGAGGAGUUUGAAGAAGAAGAGGAAACUCAAUCUGAAAAUGAAGUCUCUUCUUCAGAAGGCAGUGAAGGGGAUGCAAGAGAUGCUAGUAACCCGGGAAGUGAUGAACACAAGAAGAGGGAGAUUCAGGUUCAAAAAGGAAACUUAAUGUUCACUCCUCCAUUGCCACUUAAGAUGGAACCUUGACCAAUGGUUCAUGAAAGAUCCAAGUUCUCUUCUUUGGUUAUGUAUGGCUUUUAGUCUGUUGUUCUCUGAAUCCAAAAAAAAAAAAAAAGGUCUGUUCUCUGAACCCAAAUAAGGUAACUUCAUUUGUUGUAGAAGCUGUAACAUAAGCAGAUUGUUUAGAUUAAGGUUUGGAACAUCCUCUUGGGAAGAUUUGUGAGAGUUUGUUUUUCUUGAAUUGCUGAUUAUGUCUCUGUCUUUUUGUAUUUGUCAAUGGAGUUUUUGAGUUGAGGAUGAUUUUCUUAAUACAUAUUCUUUGAGUGUUGGUUUCCUCAGUUGCAUGUGGAGAUCAACUCAAUAAGAAGUUAAGUUUCUUGCACUGUUUUUGAGUGUAUGUUAUUAUUAUAGUAUAUGCUUCUAGUUCAUAUAAGUUGUA